CACUACUUCAUCCUUAGUAAAUGAUCACUCGGCCCAAAUAACAGAAAAUUUAGCUUAGUACAACUCUUCAUCAACGCAAAAAGUCGAAGAGAGAAGCUUCAGCAACUCAUCGCCUGUCAUCCCAAGGUGAUCAACGCGAGUGAGUUCUCUGUUCACCAUCACAUGACGCCUGAUUCCACUACAACUCCUUUCCGCCGUCUUCUACCCAGUCAUCAAUUCGUAAUAUUCGAGGCUAGACUUUGGUAGUUUUGGUGCAUAUUUCUUUUUUUCCUGAUAAAAGUGAAACUCGGUCGAGCGUGCGGCUGACUUUCUGAAUAGUACCAAGAUUACACAGAGCACCCCACCCCACCCCACGGAACAACUCAAUCUUUACCUAAUCUCAUUAGGAUUAUCAAUUAUACGUCUCACUUCUUCUUAAACACUUGUUGUUUGCGUUGGCACCAUUUAGUGCUACAGCUGAACCAAAAAGAAGGUUGUCCAAUAGGAGCCGCGGGAUUUGCAAGCAGUGACUGCACUAAUAAGUACCUGUGACGGCAUUUUUGGUUACAAGUACUGAGCCAAAGUGAUAUUCGAGAAGAACAACAAGAUUCGUCGAAAUUUUGUAGUAAACAAGUUUUGGUAGGAUUUUUCCACUUUUCUAUCCACGUCUCCCGCGAAGGAAAAUAAUUCUGUGGUGUGGUCUGAUGGAAGGGUAGCAAAGAAAGCGCAACCCCAAACAGAGACAGUACCAAAUAUUUGCUCAACUACUACACAUGUUAGCGCAGGUACCUAUUUGGUCACAUUACUUGAUUUGUUAUUUGUUCCUGUCAAAACUUCACCGCUACAGUUUCAGCAAUAUUCGGAGAGCAAUGGCUAACGACUCACUAGACCACUCGAGUUCUGCAUUAAUAUCUUCAACGUAAUAUUUGAAAAGAGUUUCUUCCAAUUCCGGAAACUUGAGACAAAUCAAAAAUGGCGCCUUCGGCUAUUACUCCUCCCUCUGAGUCUUUCGAACGAACAACUCUUCCUAGUGGGAAUGCGGAAAUCUUUUCUAACAACAGCCACUAUGUUGAACCAAGAGCCUCUCCAGAUACGACGUUGGACCUGCUAUGUAUCGGGUUCGGGCCAGCAUCUCUCGCUAUAGCCAUUGCGAUGAAAGACAAUCUUGCAAACGGCCCAGAAAAAAAAGUCCUCUUCUUUGAGAAACAACCAAAAUUCGCGUGGCAUGCAGGUAUGCAGCUCCCAGGUGCCCGAAUGCAAAUUUCUUUCCUCAAAGAUCUUGCUACACCUAGAAACCCACGAUCUCAAUUCACGUUCAUCAACUAUCUCUUCUCAAAAGGGCGUUUGAAUCACUUUAUCAACCUCGGUACUUUCUUACCUAGUCGACUGGAAUACGAGGAUUACCUCAGAUGGUGUGCUAGCCAUUUCGAGAAGGAAGGGAAGGUCGCUUAUGGGAUGGAUGUCGAGAGUGUUCAGGUAGGAGAGAAGAAUGCAGAAGGGAAAGUAACCUCGUGGGAGGUUACAGCCCGUGACCAAUACGGAAAUCUAAUCCGACAAAAAGCAAAACAUGUUGUCAUUGCCGUCGGUGGACGUGCGGUCAUCCCACAAAAACUCCAAGGUCUCAAACAUGUCGCUCACUCGAGCCAGUUUGCUGUUUCUAUCAAGCAGAUCCAACAGAGAGAACAGGGACGAAAACCAAAAUUUGUGGUUUUGGGGGGCGGUCAGAGUGCGGCGGAAAUCUAUAAUGAUUUGAGUGAAAGAUUUCCGGAGAGUGAGGUAAAACUUGUCAUCAAGGGGUCGAGUUUGAGACCUAGUGAUGAUAGUCCUUUGUGAGUUACCUACCUUCCACAUCAAUUUCAUGAUGACGAUCAAAAGAAACUAACAGGCAUCUAGCGUCAACGAAAUCUUCGACCCUGACCGUGUUGAAGGAAUUUAUAACCAAGAACCAACUGCACGCGCUGCAGCUCUAGCUCUCGAGAAAGGAACCAACUACGGUGUGGUCCGUCUCGAGCUCCUGGAACACCUCUAUGACAAACUUUACAUGCAGCGAAUUCACAACCCUGACCCAUCAACCUGGCGUUGUAACAUCAUCAACAACCGCGUUAUGACGAGCGCUGAACAAGCCGAAGGUGGCGCCGUCAAACUCCGUUUUGCGUCCACUGAAUCUUGUAGGGAAGGCAUUGAGGAAGAGAUUAAGGCCGACUAUGUUUUCACUGCGACAGGAUAUCGAAGAAAUGCCCAUGAGGAAAUGCUCGAGGGGGUUAGGGGGUUGGUUGUUGAGCGUGAAGAGGGGAAAUUUGCGGUCGGACGAGAUUACGGAGUGGUGUUUGGUGAAGGAGCGGUGGAAGAGGCUGGUAUUUGGUUGCAGGGGUGCAAUGAGAAGACACAUGGCGUAAGUUUUCUCUCUCUCAAGCUCUCUGUUUCUUUCAAUCUUGGCUAGUGAAAUAUCGAGGGAAAUGCGUGCUAACCCAACUCUUUCCAGUUGAGCGAUACCCUUCUUUCUAUUCUUGCUGUUCGUGGAGGCGAGUUGGUGUCCAGCAUUUUUGGAGCUUGAGUCUGAGCAGCACCUUAUUGUUUUUUUUUGCUGUGUUUUGGUGUCAAAAUCUUUUUUCUAAACUCGAAAAUGGAUGGGAUGGAAUAUCUUAGCUUGUGAGAUUUUUUUGUUGGUAUGGUGUUUUCCCUUUUUAUGCUAUGUACAUGUGUUUUAGAUUUUUGGAUGAGGAAAAAAUGAAAGUUUUCGC